AGAGAGCACAGAGAGGAUCCCCCGCUCUUUACCCUGCUCUCCUGUUAAAGGGACAGUUUUUGUUUUCUCUCAGGAUGUCUAAAGGUGACUCAGCAGGAACCGAACUGGUCUCUGUGGACUUUGAGAUCUUCGGUCACGUUCAGGGAGUCUGUUUCAGAAUGUACACGGAGAAGCAGGGUCUGCAGCUCGGUCUGGUCGGCUGGGUGAAGAACACCUACGGUGGGACGGUGGUGGGACAGGUCCAGGGUCCUGCUGACAUGGUGGAGGAGAUGAAGGUGUGGCUGAGUAAAGAAGGAAGUCCGAGCAGCCGGAUCACCAGAGCCCGCUUCUCCAACCAGAGAGCCAUCGACAAGCUGGAGAUCUCCGGCUUCAAGACUCGAUUCUGACCAUCGAAUCAAACGCACCCUGACGCGUUUCUCUUUCCCCUCCAGGACAGAAACACUGAGCGCUGAUUCUAGUGUUUAAAAUUUAGACUUUAUAUGGAUGCUCCUGUGAAUUCAGUGAAAGGCGACUGCUGAAUGAUUGGAGCUGGAGUUUGUUCGUUUGUAGAAGGAUGUUAGUUUGAGUCCAGAACAACAGAAACUUUCAGGCUAAAAGUGUCCUGUUAGAUUAACCCUUAGGGACCUUUUGGCCCACACGCCCUUUACAUUCUUCAUUUUUUGAUAAUUUUGGCUAUGUUCAUGCAUAAGGCAUGAAUUUUGGCAAUAUUGUGUAUUUUUGUUUAAUCUGUGAAUUUCCAGCUCAGCUCCUACAAUAAGUCUAAAAUUCACUGUAAACUGAAUUGCUACAUUUGUACUGUUAAAUGAAAAAAUGCUCCACUGAAACCCAUUCAAACUGCAAUAUUUGAUCCCACAGCCGUCAAAGCAUAAAACAUGAAUUAUAUUAUUUCUAGGUGUCA